CCCUUAAAAACAUGGCGGCUUCCAUCAAUCCAUUAAAGUCCGAGCGAAUCGACAAUCAACUUAUUUUUCAGUCUCUAACUCUUUUGAAAGCUCCAGCAGAAUCCAAGUCUACUCUUUCAGGUGAUGAAGAUUUUAUAAAUGUAUAUUUUAGAUAGUAUUUGUUGCCUCUAAUUGCUCAGAAAGUUCUUAAUGCAUGCGAAAAGCAUCAUUAACUUAAAAUUAACUUAUCAUGUCAUUAUCAUUAACAGUAUUAACUUAAAAUUAAAUUUAAAAAGGGGUAAUCUACCACUUGAGCGUCGGCCAAGAAAAAAUCCAGUUGUUCCGGUUGGAAGGGCUAUUUAAACAACUAUUCUUACAUUGGAGCCUGUUAAUUAAUAUUUUUGCUUCCGUAUAGAAGCUCUUAAAUAUAGUAUAGCAUAGCACAAUACUAAUACUAAUACUGCCAAGCUACUGAUAUGCCAGGAAGAAAAUAACCUGUGGUUGCUCCCUUUCCUAGAAUAUCAUUGAACCUCGGCUCUCACCCAAACUCCACUCUGCUUGUUGGCUAGUUACACACUGGUGACAAUUGGAGAGCGUGAAAUUGAAGUUGAAGAAUUUUUUCAUUAUUUUACAAAUAUUGCUAGUGACAACUGAGUGUUUUUGUCCAAAGGGUGGAAACAGGAAUUGUUGAUUGUAUUGAGCAUGUGCAUUGCCACAAUAACAAAUUGAGCCCUGCGAAACCGCAGUUAUUAAAAGCGCUCAACUCACCCCACCCCAUGACUUCUUCUUCUAUAUCUUAAGGGCCCACGAUCAAUUUAUUGAUCAUUUUGGCUCCUAUGCAUGUAGAUGGGAUUUGCAAUGUUUCUGUUACUGGUGGUGAUGAGGAAAUUAUGCACUAGGGGUUUGAAGGCUUGAGGCAAUAGACACAAAUGCGUCUAGUGUUGUCGCCUCAACUGUUCCUUUUGAAAGAUGGUUCCAGUCCCUGAUUGUCUUGGGCAGGAAUGAGCAGCUCCUAUACUGGCUUCUUGCUGGUAUGAGCCUGAAUUGCCUGUCAUGGCCUCGUCGCUGUCUAUGGGGGAGAGGGACGAGUUUCUGUUUAAUACUGGAACAGUGGACCAGCCCAUUAUUUAAAACCUUUAUUGUAUACCUCAGAUUCGGCUAUUUGAUACAAACUCAGCUGCACUCAACUCCUUUCCUUGCUUAGCCUCGGGUCCAGAUGCACUGCAGUUAUAGACUCAAACUUCAAAGAUUGAAAUUGAGUAUUCUAUAAAGUUGCAUACUGUAUCUGAUUUGGAGAAACGCAAAUUAUAACACAGGCUCAAUUCAAUUAGGCUUUAAGGCGACUGUUAGGGUGUGUUUUUCUUUACACCCUAUUAUUAUUUAUAUAUACAUACAUUUAUAUAUAAACAUAAAUUACAUAUGAAAUUAGAUUUAGAUGUUUAAAAAAAAUAUUUAAAAAAAUAUGAAUUGUUUUUACAUUAAAUAUUAUUCCAUCAUUUUGAUGAGUCAUUCCAAAGUGUCCUCGUUUUAUAGCCAUUUUAAUUGUUUCUAUAGUAUAGUAGUUACUAAUCCUAGUGUCUCAUUUUUAUUUUACUUAGUUUACAUGUUUUUAAUAAUUGUAAAGCGCUUAGAGCUUUAAGGUAAGCGUUAUAUAAAAAUGCCUAAAUAAAUAAAUAAUUUAAAAUCUACAAACAUUUUACACUUCCAUUAAAAUUUUUUGUUUUAAAUUUAUUUUCAGAUGGUAAAGAAGAACUUUUGGACAAUGUUUUGCAGGAAAAUCUUGUAUCACUUUCAAAGUUUUUAUCACAUUCACCAAAACUUUUGUUAAUGUUGGGAAUUAAUCUAGAUAGGAAUGAAAAGUUUAUAAAUAAUGAUACAGAACUGACCACAAGACAGAAGUUCACUCAAGUUUGUGUUGAAUUACUCCAAUGUUUACGAAAAAAUCUAGCUGAGGAAAUAUCGGUUUACAAUGAUACUUUAGGAACUUCACAACCAGCUGAAAAAGAAAUUCCAAAUUUGCCACCUGGUGCUCUGAGCUUGCAACAAGAAAGUCUUGUUUCUACAACUCUCCAGUUUGUUUUGGUUCUGGGAAUGAGCCCUUAUCUGUCUCCCGGCAUAGGAAUACCUGUCUCGCACCGCCUCGGGCCUGGUCAGAUAUUACUAGCCACAUCACAUGACUACACCUCUGAACUGGGACACCUACAGCAGAUUCAGUUUCUUUUGCCAGUUGCCAAGCUACUCACUGACAUAUUUGGUGUAUCUUCUUUACAGCUUUUGCUUGUUAACAGUUAUCUUUCCGACCUAAUAACUGUUCUUAUACAAAUUAGGUACUGUGCUAAGAUGGUACAGAAGAAUACUGAAUCCCAGAAGUCUCUGAAUCUCUCCUCUGUCGCCAACAAUAAUACCUUGCCAAAGGAAUCUGCCGGACCCCCGGGAAAAACUCCUGCAGUGGUUUGUGAAACUUUCGAGGCCCAUCCAACUGAAGAAAUAUAUGUUUAUGAUUCAGAAAUAUACAGGCAAAAAUAUCUUGAUCCUAACCAAAGACUAUGGACUCUUCAAUCUGUGAUUAACUAUGCUAACGCUGCCAUUGACACCACCGUCAGAUCAUCCAGUACACCUAUUGUUAUAAAAGCUGUCCUGAUGCUGUCUGGUAUUAGCAAGGUGAGCUGAAUAAAAUUUUAAAAAAUCGUAUUUCACUUGACACAAAAAUUUACAGAAGCUUGUUUUGACAAAAUAGUAAAGAAAAUUUGUACAUGAUAAAAAUUAUUAUAAAUAAUGUCUGAUUUUAAUAAAUGCACUUUGCAUGUAAACGAUAUGGAUGGGCUAGUGGUACAUGAAUACUCUCUUUCUCUGGUAUCCUUUUUAACUCAUAUUGUUUUUAAAAUAGAAUUAGGUUAUUAGGGAUAAUUAGAGGGAUAUAUUGUCUAGUAAAUUAACUCAAAUCUUUAUCUUGUGAUAUAUACAUCAUAUUACUCAACUUAUAUUGUCGCUGUGGAAAAUUUGAUAGGGUUAUUCAAAGGCCCUCAAUUCACAUACCUGGCAUUCUUUCGCUUAACUUUAGUUCAAAUCUCAUAUGCAGGCAGGAAGCACAGUCAAAACCCCUCCGUGGUUUAGAAGGACUAUUGCUUGUUUAUUGAGAGAUGUCCUGAUGCUGUCUUCUGGUGUGCAAAAUUUUAUUUGUUCCUUCAUUGGAGGUGAGUGAAAAAUUUAAUUAAAAUUUUCUUUUUAUUUAAUUGAAGAUAAUCAACUGCCAUAACCCUUCUAUGAACAACAGCAUUAAUCUUGCAAGUAAUCAUCACCUGAUCAUUAAGCUUUCAUGCAGUAAUGUGGUUUGCGUUUUCAUUGAUACCAUCCAGUGCAAUCAUCUUCAACUAUCAACUCACAGGAUUGGCAAAGAUGUCAAGCUGUGGCACAGAUCAUUUCAAAGAGUCCCUUGACACCAAACAUCACACAGCAGUUCUACACAUCUGUUACAAAGCAGGUUGGCACACUUAUUGAAUUUAAAAAAAAAAAGUUAAGAUAAAGAAAUGAAAUUGUUGUGUGUAUUGGCUAAAAUGGUGAUUCACAGUUUAAAACAUUCACAUAGAAAUAUUGAGUUCCUUCCAAAAGUCAAACUUGUUCCACUGUUACUUGUUUGUAUGCCUACAUUAUAUGGUAAGGCUUAAUACGGUUAAAAUUUCAUGUGAUAUGUAUUUUAAAAUAGUCUAAAAUAGAAGACCAUGUUGUAGCAUUAGUCACAUGUUAAAUCAUACAUGCCAUCCUGUGCGUUAUAAAAAGUGUACAAAAGUCUUUUUUAAAAAAAAAUAUGUACAACACCAUGAAAAACUGUACAAAAAAAAAGAAAAGUAAAAAAAAAAAGUAAAAUUAAUAACUCUUGCAUCAUUGAAUGGAUGAAUAAAAAUGAAUACUCUUCCCAUUGUUGUGUAUACAUUUAAGCAUGUUUACAUCAUUUAUAAAUUGAUAUAUCCCAUCUUUUAAAUGGAAAUAACUUGUUAUGUGUCUGAUUUAUUUUUAAAUUUUGAGAUUUUUUUUACACCGAUUAAUAGGAGUUUUAUAAAAAAAAAUAGACAAAUGAUGAAUUUAUAGAAUUUGAGAUGCAAUUGGACAUAAUUCUUUGAUGAAUAAUGCUAUUUGUAGUGACACAGAUUCCUUUAUUUAAAUUAACAAAGUCAAGUAGCUUGAUGUUGAAUUUAUUGCGCCACCAGUUUUGAACAUGUUGUGCGCAAAAAUAUUUCAUUUCUCAAUCCAGUGAAAAACAGGUAAACCCUACAGGUUGGCAUGUAUGUGUUGAUUAUCCUAACUUGGAAAUGACCUAGAAUUAAUUUGAUUCACUCCUCAUUUUUUUUUUCACAGCUAACAGAGCUCCUCCAGUCAUCUCAGGUCAAGGAGCAGCCAUUGGUGACAAGGGCUGUGGGUGCCACUGUGUUGGAGCUUUACACCCAACACCCAGAUCUGGUCCAAUCCUUAUGUCUGUCACAUUUACACGCACCUCUCCUCAGUCUGACCCAACACAAUGGUGAAUAUUGAUUCAAAUAUUUGUAACAUGUAAAAAUAACAACUUGAUGAAAAUUAAUAAAAAUUAAAUUACUAUUUUCUCUUAAAAGAUACAAUGAAAGACCCAUCCUCUCCUUAUAUCGUUCUCUGUUAUUUUUAAAUGGAUACACGCCAUUCAUAACUAUCUCACAAAAUGUGAUGUUACGCACUUAAAAUUAUUAUCACAUUGAUGGUGAAUCGGUGGUGCAAAGUCAAAGGAUCCUAUUUGCACUUACAAAUGUUUUUUCCCGUUUCACACAAAGUGUUGGGUUUUUUUACCCAAGGGAUAAAAAAGUAUUUUGGUGAAAAAUGUGAACUAUAGAUAAUUAUGAAUCUACCCAUUCUAAUGGUUUAAAAUUUUUAGUUUAUGCUACCCAGCAUGUCUUAUUACAGUUGUGAUUGAAUGAAACUUGACAAUCCAUUUCUUAUCCAUCUGCAGCCCAGUAUUUACAGGCUGAUAUCCUGGUUUCAGAAGAUGUGAUGACCUCCUGUUUAGAAUGCUUACACAGAGUAGGUUUUUGUGUUGUUAGCUUACUAAGCAUUAUUUCAGCUAGUGGUUUAGCAAUCGGGAUCAUGUACCAUUAAAAAAUUUAGCUUUUGUGUACAUUUUUUGUUUGGUUUCUUAAUAUUUUUUUUUUAUUGAUGUACCAGUACUUUUUGUCAUUGUUGCAAUGCAUUCAUAUUGAAAAUAAUUUGGUCACAAAAGACAAUUUAGAUUUUAGAUUGUGUUUUUUUUUAUCAAAUUCCUCUUUGUUUAACUUAAAAAUGCAUUUAAUAUUAAUUUGUUUUUUCUCCCAGCUUUAUGUUUUAGGUCAGGAGCCACAGUCCCUUAUCUUGUCCACACUUGUCCACAUUGUUGGUGUCCUGUUUGAAGUCUUCAUCUUUGCAAUGAACAGUGCCUCCAAUAUCAAGUAGGAUCUGAUCUCAUGCAUUUUAUAAAUUUGUAACUGUAAGGUUGAUUGGCUUGUUUUGGGGACUUGCGGUAGAUUUACAUUAUUGAAAUUGUAAUUCUUUGUUAGAAAGAUGCAUAGCGUUUUGAUUUCUCAAAGGGGAAGCUCUAGCUAAUGUAUUGGUGUCUUUUUAAAAGUUAUUUGUUAAUUUAAGCCUUGUGUGAUACUUGUGGUUUCAAUAUUUCACUUGGCUUCCACAAGAGCUCUCCUUGAAUUCAUUACACACACAAACUUAUCUCUUUUCAUUUUUAAUGUGUUUAUGAUACAUUCAAGAUACACUUUCUUUUAGAAAAUUAUUUAUGGAACCAUCUGGCUAAUUUUUUCAUAAUAUUUAUUUCAGAACCUUAUGCUGUGACCUGAUUAAAAUGUAUCUCAGCCACUGUGAUGUAAAGGAGGCUGUGACCUGCUUGUUGACCCUCACAUCUAACGCUGGUGACCCACAGGUCUCACCUUUUCCAUCCUUAGACAGCAGAGCAAAGCUGGUGUGGGGAGGAAAUGGAGGAGUUCUGGCUGUGGCUGAUAACACGGAGACAAUGUAAGUUGGCAAUAACUUGCCAUUAUUUCUACGUCCUUAUAGUCUAAAGAAGUAGUGGAACAGCGUCUGUAAAAGCUUGAAAUAUAAAGACGGACAUUACAAGGAGAACGUUUCAGUUAAGAGCCCUUUCAACAGACAGGACAAAAGAGUCCUUCAUUUAUUAUCCCAUAUAUUUUUACUUCACUCACUGUGCAUCAAACUAAUGUUCAAAAAGAAAAUUUAAGAGAAUUAGGCUAGUUAUCACUUAGCUGUUCUUUCACCAUUUAAAAAAAGUCUGUUAUUCAUCAGACUGGACACAGAUUCAUGGACAAAACCAGUGGAUGGUGCUAUGGCUAUUUUGACCGAUGUCAAUUCCGAUGUUUUAUUGUCACAGCUUUUCCUAAAUCUGUUGGAGGUAAUGAAACAAUUAGCGUAGCAGUGCUUACACCGACAUAACUUUGAAUUAGGCAUGGAACAAAGUAGAUUUAUAGUUAAUUUACGAUAAAUAUUUUAUAAAAACUUUAUGGAGUAAAUACUUUCAUAAAUAAGUUUUCAACCAUAUCUGGCUCCCUGCACUUUACCGAUUUUACAUUCGUAGAGAAUAAUGGAUUGGAAUUUUAUCAAAAAAUUUUUUUAGAAACUCACAAAUAUGGUUACCACAGAAACAGACCACCUAGAUAUCCAGCUGCCAGGAUAUCUGCUGUCUCCCAAGCAGCGUAUGCAAAAUAUUUCUGAAUUAAGAAAGAAAAUUUCUUAUGUCAGUUUCUUGGCAUCGCUUGGAGAAAAAUUUGGAGAAAAAGUCAUUCAGAGCGGUCACCAUGUUUUGGCUUUUACGAAGGUAAAAGGUUUUGAUACUUGUCAUACAGAUAUUGCCAUUGUCUUCGAUUAAUACUUUCGACAAAUAUUCCAUUCAUACCUCAUUAAAGAUAAAUAUGCUGAUGAAAUUCUAUUUUUCUUCCAUUGGUUUACACUCUCAAAUAAUUGUCUGGUUUUUUUUUUAAAUAUCUAUUAAUGGGAAUUCAUUUUUAUGCAAUUUUCAAAAUCAGGCUACGUUAGAGAGAUGCAUCAAAAUUUGUCUGCAAACUGAUGAUGAACCCACUAAACUCUUUGAGUGGGAAACUGUAUCCAUGGCGAUGGGGUUGUUGACAGCUGUGCUGGGAGGUGCAGUUCAAGUAAGCUAAUGAAAGAUUUUGGAGAAGUUUGAGAGUGAACAAAUUAUAAUGUUUAAUAGGUCAAUGUUUGGCUUAAACUUUUUAAGGAAAAAAAAAAACUUGAAUAAUCAAGUAUAACUUUUCUACCCAUCAGCUGACAGAGCAAGACAAGAAGCUGUUGGAUGAUUUACUUCCCCUGCUGACAGCAGUUAGUGAGAGUGACGCAACAGAUCCCACGGUCAAGGAGAUGGCAGAGGAUUUGAAGAUUGCAGUGGCCACUCGAGGUCUUGUCUGGUCUGAGCUAAAACCAACAGACAAGAAGAAGGUAGUUAAUCUAAAUUCAGCACUGUUUUAGUAUGGAUUCCAGGUUUUGUCCAGUGUUACAGGAAAAUGUUAAGAGAUUGACAAAAAAUAAACAUUCCAUUAUUUGUGUAAACAGCUGGUUUUUUUUAAAAAUGUCCUUUUAAGACAACUUGGAGAAUAAUGUUUUCACAAAACUUCAUAUAUUAUAUCAUAUCAAAAUCUAUUUUUUUUUAAUUUAUAAAAUUUUCUUUGUAUUGAAUUUUCUUUAAAAUCCCUUUAAUUAUUGUUUGUAAGAUCCCUAUAUGUUGUUUUGUAAAAUCCCUUCAUCUAUGAAUAUUGCACAGUGUAGUGUAAACUUUCUCAUCUCUAUUCAAUUCUCAGAACUUCAAGCCUCCAGCCAAGUCAGAAAAAAAGGAGAAACCAAAGGAGUCCAAGUGUUUGAUACAAGUUCUUGCUGAGACAACUUUUGAUGAAUCUACUUCAAACGUAGAUUCUGGUAAUGCUUGCCAACAAUGCACAAUACUUGGAGAAGAAAGUGGGGAGAGGCGUCUGCCUCAUGGUACCACAAACUACUUUGACCAUUCUGAGUCUCAAUUGGCAAUGCCUUAGAGAAGUCUUAUUUGCCCCUCUUCAGACAUUUAUUAUUUUAAUAUAGUGAUCUGCACACAAUCUCCACACCAAAUCAGUUAGUGCUACUUGUAAUCGUGGUAGUAAACUUUUGCUGAACUCAUAUUAGAUUUAAGAAAACCAGAGCGCAGUGAGCAUGCUAAAGUAGCAUGUAUACUUGUGCUAUAUAAAUAUCCAAUUAAUCAAUCAAUAUACAUUCAGCCCAACAUUAACUGUUUUAUAAACAUAUAUAAAUUUUCUUUGGGUGGUGCCCAGGAGAGGGUUUAAGGAAUUAAUGCACUGCACAUUCAGACUAAUGCACCUCUAUACCCGGAAAAGGUUGGGGAGGUGGGGUGGGGGGUCAGAUUUUUCUGUAAUAAAAAGGAGAAUGAACAAAAUGAUAGUGUUGAAACAUUUGCGUGAGACUUUAGUUAUUCCUAACUUUUUAAUUAAAAUUUAAAUUAAAUUAAUUGAUUUGGAAACAUAUUUACUACUGGUAUGUAAAAAUAAUUCUAAAAUAAGAAAGAAAAGGACUCAAUAAUGAAAUUUAAAUAUUAAAAAAUUGUAAAAUGUCUUAUAAUUUUAAUUCAUACUAAAAUAUAUUUAAAAAUGUUCAAUUAGUUUCUGUUAUAAUUACAGACAUUGUUUUAAAAAUUUUAUUGCACUUUGAAAAAAAAAAGUAAUAUAUCGAGGGCUUUUCCCAUAGUUGACUUUGCUAUUCCACAGAUGAGAUCUCUGCUCCAAAUGAUUCUAACAGCAGCAAGAUUCAGCAGGCGCUGCAGGAUCUCUGUGACCCUCUGUUGCCUGUAAGGAGCCAUGGUCUCAUCAGCCUUGCCAGGUUGGUGGACGACAGGGAGCCAGAUAUUGUGGGCAAGUCGGAAAUGUUGCUAAAGGUGAGCGCUCAUUAAUUUCAUUCGUUUCAGAAAAAAAAAAUGUUAAUAUAAAAUUAUUGUAAUGAUUAAAUCUGCUAUAAAAUAAAUUAAAAUUGUGUCAUAGUUAUAAAAAAAAAUUCUGUAACUGAUUAGCUCUCGCUUGAAAAAUAGUGUGUGGCUGAAUUAAAUGUAAGUUUUACCACAUGCAGGUCUAUGUACAAAUUCAGUUUCUGUUUUAUUAAUUAUUACCAUGUUUUAAUAAGUAACAUAACAUUUUGUAGAUAAAUUAAUUUGUUAUUAUUUUUAAGAGAGUAGCUUUCAAAAAUUAUAAAGAUGUGCCAACUUAUCUUCAAGUUUUGAAUUUCCGAAAUCUUUAAUUAUUAUUUAAACUUCAUGGUAACCACAUCUACACCGAAUUAGAAGAAGUUUCCAAAUGUAAUGAAAUCAGCAGUUGAAUAAACAUGUCUCCAACUAUUUACUGUUUGUUUGAUUCUGGUAACCUUAUCCCUUGUUGCCAUAAAAAAAUACUUGCUAACUAUUCCUUCAAAAUACAAUAAAUAUGACAAAUUGCAUUUUUGCCUUCUGACUGUCCUAUGUGGUUUUUAAUUAUCUUCCUGUCUGUAAAUUAAAAUCCAGACCUGUUUACUCUUACGAUUUUGGCGUACAAUGUACGAUUUUUAGAUGUCUUUUACGAUUGUACACCGAGACCCCCCAAAACUACGAUUUUCAGAGAGCCGGUGAAACAAAUGUUUAUGUCAUUUUGUCCGAUUAAAAAAAAAAAUUAAAAAUUUUCGGUUGUGGAAGCUUUGGCCCUUUUGGCCCCGCAUUGAAUGGACCCAGAAAAACGAUGGGUUUUUGUAUAUUUGUUUAUAGUUGGGACCAUCCUUCAUUAUAUUAUGUACGCACUGAAAGGGGAGGUGGUGGUUGUUGAUUAAAGAGAUUGGUGGCAUACCAGAAACACGGGUUGGGGGGGGGGUAGGAAAGGUGGGAGUUUCAAAAGAUAUAAAAAUAUCACCGCCACGCAUCCUAUUGAUAGUGGUGAUGGUCUUAGUGUUGCUUUGCGUGUCACAGUGAACCAGCCAGCUGUGUCAGCAGCAAUCUUUAGGCUAGUCGCCUGGCAACAACUUCACUCACCACCUCAUUGGACUGCUACUGCUAGCAAGCGUGUGUUCGUCUGAACCGCGGGGAUUGUGAAGAGAGAAAACUAGAGGUGUGAGAUUUAGUCAGUGGCAUUAAAAAAAAUAUUUUAGAUCUCGCAAAGCAGCUCUAUCCAGAGGCGUAGCGAGCGGGGGCAGGAGGGGACAGAUUCCCCGGGCGCCAGCUAGUUAGGGGGCAUGUUUCUUUCAGAAAUUUUCCCCAGGGGGGAGCACUUCAGAUUUUCGGGGAAGGGGUACUUCAGAUUUUUCGGGGGGUGGGGGGCAGUGCCAGCAGUUCCAGUUGAUUUAUUGUUGGACAUAUUUUUGCUCCUGGGGGCACUUGCUUUCCCCGGGGGAGGGGCACUGCCCCCCCUCCCAGAGAUAUAGCUGAAAGAAACCCUGUUUAGGGGCGCCAAAAUGUGCUUUGAUAUUAUUUUAUUGAUGAAAAUAAUGGGCUUGAGAGUUGAAAAAAAGAAAAAGGGGCACUUUAAAAUGGAUCUUGUCCCCGGGCGCCAAACACCCUCGCUACGCCUCUGACUCUAUCCCCCUCAACGAUUUUAAUACAAUAAAACAGUUUUGUAUCACUACUGCUACUACUGUGCCCCACCCCCCCUAUUUUUGUUUACAGCUUGUGGUGGUUACUAGUCUCUGAUACUAUAGCAGUGGUCGGCAAGCCGCGGCUCGGCCAGACUGCGGCUCGGCCAGUCAACUACAAAGCGGUUUUUACUCCGAAAAACAUGGUCCUUGACAGGUUCUUGAAAAUAAAUUUGGCUCGCAAAAUUUGUUUAAUGGUCCUGCUGCUGAUUUGGGCUCUUUUGACAACUCAGGGGCAUAUUGGAUAGGCGAGGGCACUAUGUUUUUCCUAUUAAUGAGGGUGGGGGAAGGUGGGUUCGUCACCAGCACGGAAAUACGUGUUAGUGGACUAGUGUGUUGUCACUAUGUCGUGUUAAAUAUGACUACUACAGCGACCUCUUUAUGAAAACACAAAGCAUUAGUAUACGGUAUACGAUAAAUGCGAAGCAUUGUGGUAUUUGUAUAGCCUUAAUAAUAAUAAUAAUAGACCUAAUUAGAAUUCGUGGAUUUCAGAUUUUCAUGUGACAGUUGGCUCUAUAAGAGACUGUCAGGAAUCAGGAUAAUUAUUGUAGAAUUUAUGCCUACAUGUAGGUGCAUUCUGGUGCCCCCCCCCCCUCCAACCCAAUCAAAACUCAUACGCAUCCUCAGCGAGUAAGUCAUAUUUGGAUGGCCCUUUAAGUUGGCAAGGCGUGCAGCUGGGGGCGAGCUAGGAAUCAUUGUUAACUUUUUCAUUUUUAUUUGAAAUGUUAUAUAUGGGCUGUCCAAACAGCUCUGGCGCUAGAAUUUGGCUGCAUUGACCUAUGUGCACAUUGCGUGAUUUUAAUGUUACCAUUAUCAUUAAUGGAAUCGGCAAUCAUUCUUGUUUUCGGUUCCGUAGUUGACCUCACUUAGUAUUUUACGAUAUGACCUCGACAAAAAGAAAGGCUCGCGGAAUGGGCGAUGAAGAAGAAACUUCUCUUUCUACCGAUAAACAUCCGAUUCAACAACAGAAAAAGAAAGUUUAUCAGCAGAUAUUCUUGCUUGAAUAUCAGACUAAAUUGACUGGGUUGCGUUCUUUGUCGAAUGGUCCAUCAUGCGCACACUGCACAAUUACACAAUCUGCAAGUCGGACUUUUCAUCAACAAUCUAUCAUGGACAAAAGGAGUGGUGUUGAUUUAGGAAAUUUUGGGUUUGGCGUGGGUCUAAAUACUUAAAUCUAUACAAUCAACACCGCGACAUUUCCGUAAUGACAGGUUGGGGGGGGGGGGCUGUUCCUCGGCAGAAAGAACGUACGUUAUUUAAAAAAUCUACAAUAUUCAUCCCCUAACUCUGAAAGUCCAAAAAUAGCAUUCUAUUUAUAUCUCGAAUGCUGUAAAAUACCACCCGAUGUUUUGUAGGAAUUAUUGCGGUGAUGUUGUCAAGAUGUAUUUUCACCAAUAAACUCGUUAGAAAAAUGAAGUGACCGCAGUUUGCAGUUAACGUCAGUCGAAUACUGAUUACCUUACAGUUCCAUUUUUUAACAAACCGCUGAACUGGAUGCCACUGAACACGCUAUACCAGUAGAUGCUGUAUACAUUCUUUAUUAUAUAUACUGUAUAUUUAUGUAUUUACUAUUAAGAUACUGUAUUGUACGAUUUUGAGACGAUAUUGUACGAUUUUAGGAGUUUGAGGGUAAACAGGUCUGAAAAUCUCAAACCCAAACAAAAAUAAGAAUAUAAAUAUAUCACUAGUUUUACUAUGAAACUAACCAUGACACCCAUAGCAGCUCAUGGCCAUGAUUAAAGGAAGUUUAUCGCCACCAGUAGCUUAUCGUAUUUAACCAGUUAAGACAAUAUAGCAAAAGACAAUACGGCAAAAUUACUUUUUAUUAAAUAGAGUGUACUAAUACGUAAAAUGAACAUUUUUGAAAAUACUUUAAAACCUUAAUUUUAUCUUGGCCCCAGGUGUUCCUAGAAAAUAUGACACACACGGAUUCCUACGUGUACCUGGCAGCUGUCAACGGGCUGGCUGCAUUAAGUGAUCUCAACCCCAACCUUGUGGUGCCGCGCCUGGCGGCAGAGUUUAAAGCGCAAUGUUUGAAAGAUCCCGGCUCAAAGUCCCCAGAAACAACUUUGAAAGUCGGAGAGGCACUCGUUAAAGCCACCAAGCGUUUAGGUUAGUUGACUGGUUUCUCCUCAUAAAAUCUGUCAGUUUUCCACUGAUCUGCUUUCUUACAAGCAACAGUUUGUUACGUCCUUUAAUACAUCAGUCACAAAAUGUACACUUAUGUCAAGCAUUGACCAGUCACGUUUCUACAUAGGGUUGAUUGUUUUGUUUUUUUAUUAUUUCUAUAUAUUUAGAUAGCGCAUGGACAUUUUGGACAGAUUUUUAAAAUAAAGAAUUGAUUUCAAUAGAUUGAUGCUGUCCUUAUGGGGGGGAUACCAAAUAUACAUCUGUAAAUGAUUCCAUUGCUAAAUGUAAAUGCAUUAUAAUCUGAAGCUUUAGACUGUUUUUUUUUUUUUAUUAUGGAUAAGUUGUGUUUUUUUUUAUGAAUAGUGAAGCAAGCAUUAUCAAACAUUCUAAUCCUUUGCAUAUUACAAAUAAUUAAUUUCAUUUUGAAAAUAAUAAUUAAUUAAUUCGAAAAGGGCUUAACACAAAUUAAUUUUUCGCCAUUUUUUAAAAAUUAGGAGAGCUGACACCACACUAUCGUCACUUGCUUCUUCCUGCAAUCCUGAUUGGUUGCCGCCAUUCCGACUCUUUGGUUAGAGCCAGCAGUCUGUCAGGCCUGGCAGAGGUUUGCAAGCUGUUGCGAUAUGCCAUUGGUCCUGUGUUGUUUGAGGUAUGCGCACAACAGUUUGCCGCAUUUCUAUAAGAUAAGCUUGCUCCAUAAAUAAGUGCGUUUAGGUGCCACUUUUAGAAUGGCACUCGUCCUUCAUAGGAAGCAUAUUGAGGGAAGUAAAUUUUUCAUAAUAAAUAUAGCAUUGAAAGAGGUAUUGUUCAUAUUAAAUAUUGACUUUAAUGUAUCAGAAUUUGGACAGGAAACUGAAAUUUACUCAAUUUUUAAAAGAAUGGCUUAUACAUAUUUUUGUGACAAAUACAAAAUAUUUUUUUAAGUACCAUAGCUAUAUCACAAAAAUUAUAAUUUAUAGUUUGUGGGCAGUUGGUCAGUUUCAUGUGAUCAAAUGACGAAUUACUUUGUGGUGGAGGUGUGUCAGUUUUAGAUGAUCAAAUUUAAUUUAAUGUCAGGGCUGGGGGAGUUAGUCAGUUUUCAUAUUAUCGAAUUGACAAAUUUUACUGCAUUUAGUUUCUUAUCAUGAGGUCUUUUGAAAUGCUUUUUAAUUUAUUUUUUUAAUUUUUUAAAUUUUUUUUUUGUUAAUGUUCAACCCUUUACAUCUGAAAUGUGUUUUAACCUCUAGAAUUUUUAAAAUCAAUAUAGAAUUUUUAAAAUCAAUAUAGAAUUUUUAAAAUCAAUAUAGAAUUUUUAAAAUCAAUAUAGAAUUUUUAAAAUCAAUAUAGAAUUUUUAAAAUCAAUAUAGAAUUUUUAAAAUCAAUAUAGAAUUUUUAAAAUCAAUAUAGAAUUUUUAAAAUCAAUAUAGAAUUUUUAAAAUCAAUAUAGAAUUUUUUAAAAUCCUGAUCAAUUUCAUUGAAAGAGAUUAUGUCUCUGCACAUUAGUUUGGCUAAUAAAAUAACUUGUUGCCGAUAGGAAACAAGUUCCAGUUUCAGUGACAGGUUCAUCAUAGUAAACAGUGAAUAGUUAAUUUUUGCAUGAAGACGUUUCUUAAACUUUCAUGACACCAGAAAUUGCAAACAAUAAUUAAAGUGUUUUGCUGUAUUCUCAGAUUUUCACCUGCUGCAGGGAUGUGAUCAGUUCAGAUGUUGACCCCGAGCCGAGAAAGGCUGCAGUAAUGACCUUGACACAGCUGUUACAGGGAUUGGGCAAAGAGGCACUCCUGGUAGGUCUAGGAAAGGUCAUGGAUAACCUCUGGCUCAGAAUGGUUUUAUUUCUAAGCCCUUAAAAUGUGAGGCGGCUAAGUCGCUUUCAGAAUUUCGGAAGUUGUUGGAAAAAAAUGUAGCUCCAGUGGCAACUAGCUUGUAUUUUGAUGAAGAGAAAUGGGCAGUUAGCUACAAACUGGGUUAACGGGCCACUAUUUAUUAAGUGUAUGAAAUCAGUGAGGCAUCAGCAUACAAAUUAGAAUGGUGUUGCUAGUAUUUUGCCACCCACUUCUGUGGAAAAGACUGCAGUUGGCUAACCCACCCCCCCCCUCCCAUCUAUGUCACAGCAAAGGAAGGAACAUUUUCCAACACUGUAAACAUAAAGAAAAAAAUGGAGCUCCAGUGGCAACUAGCUUGUAUUUUGAUGAAGAGAAAUUGGCAGUUAGCUACAAACUGGGUUAACGGGCCACUAUUUAUUAAGUGUAUGAAAUCCGUGAGGCAUCAGCAUACAAAUUAGAAUGGUGUUGCUAGUAUUUUGCCACCCACUUCUGUGGAAAAGACUGCAGUUGGCUAACCCACCCCCCCCCCUCCCAUCUAUGUCACAGCAAAGGAAGGAACAUUUUCCAACACUGUAAACAUAAAGCUGGUCAGUCUCUCUUACAGUGCAUUGAGCUGGUCAGUCUCACUUACAGUUACAGUGCAUUGAGCUGAUCAGUCUCACUUACAGUUACAGUGCAUUGAGCUGGUCAGUCUCACUGACACUGAUUUGAGCUGGUCAGUCUCACUUGCAGUGCAUUGAGCUGGUCAGUCUCACUUGCAGUGCAUUGAGCUGGUCAGUCUCAAUUACACUGCAUUGAGCUGGUCAGUCUCACUUAGAGUACAUUGAGUUGGUUGGUCUCAGUUAUAGUGCAUUGAGCUGGUCAGUCUCACCUAUAGUGCUCUGAGCUGGUCAGUCUCACUUAGUAUGAGAGCCACAGACAAAGCCUUAGUAUGAGAGCAACAGACGUAGGAUCAUGUAUCAUUUUCCUAUCAACAUAAUACUUUAUUAUAAUAGUCAUAUUGAGCUCACCCCCACCCCCCCCUUUUUUUAAAAUAAACAUUCUGUAUGAACUUUAAAAAAUGUCACUCUGGCAUUUCCAUGAAUUUUAAUGGCAACGAUUUCAUUAUUUUAUUCACAGGCCCUCGGUGAUGUUUUGUUGGAGAUCUACAGGGCUCUGAAGACGUCCUUGACCCACGACCCCGAUGUCAAAGUUCAGCUCCAGGCACAGUUGGCAUUGAAUGAACUAGACCAGAUUAUGAGGGACUCUUUGUUUGCUAAACCUGAACUGAAGAAAAAAAUUACCAUCCUAGGAUAUCAGUGAUGAUUAAUUACUUGAACCAGCCGGACAUGUUGGUGAAGAUAUAUUACUUGAACAAUCCGGAGAUGUCAUCGAAGAUAAAUUACUUGAGCAAUCCGGAGAUGUCAGUGAAGAUAAAUUACUUGAACCAUACUAUGUGGUGGAUAUCAAAUAUUUGAUGCCUUCAAAAUGAUCUGAUAUCUGGCUUGUGGAUUCCCUUCCCCACAAUGUGAUUGAAUGCAUGAAAAUAAAUGUGAUCUACUCUAUACAAGUAUUCUGUUGGGAAGUAUUACAUUUUUGUGACCAUUCUCUUCCCAUGACUGAAACAAUACGUCAUGUUACUUGUGAUAUAAGUUUUACUUUCAGCCUUCAUUCAUGCAGCCGUUGACAUCACAACCACGGCGAUCAGAGUUUGGAAUGUAAUUUAUUGUUUGCAUUUUGCAAUUGUUUGAAGAGCCAGAAUUUUCGUCUGUCAAGACACAGACCAAAUCUCAGUAGGCAAAGAGUUAAUAGAACUACACUUGUCCAUAUUGAGGACAGUUUGUGAUUGUUAAGAUACAUUUUUUGCCAUUAUCGUCUGAAUAAAAGACCUUCUUGGUUAAUAAAUAAAUGUAUAAUUUGAGGUUUAACAAAGAAAAAAAUGUUGCACAAUGAGAUACAUAAGUUUUUUUUUGAAAAAACAUUUGUUGACGAAGUCAUGUUCACAAAUUAUUUCUUUAAAAUGGCAUGUGCAGAGUUUUUUUUUAUGUUGUCAUAUUCUUGUGAUAUGUUAACACUAUGGAAUGUUACACUGUGGAAUGUUACACUAUGGAAUGUUUCGCAAUGAAAUGUUACACUAUGGAAUGUUACACUGUGGAAUGUUACAAUAAAUAAAUUAGCAAAAAAUGGG